GUAAUCACCACUCAUCCUCCCAUCCCGCAAGUCCUACAACCCACCGCAGUUGCUUGACACAAUUUCAAAUGAGGUAUGCCACGAUGUUGGAAAGGUGAGCGACAUGAGUUCUAUCUUGCCGCCAGACGGGUAAGGAUUGCGACAAAGCGCUGGAGGCUGCGCUGUUGGUUUCCAGAGUGCCCGUUUAAUCGUGACCAUGUUGUCCAGCGUCAACGUCUUUCCACCACCCUCCACCAAAUUGCAAGAUCGUCAGCCCUGCACCUAACAUUCACUAGCUCAUGCUGUUUAGCCCACUUGGGCAUGCAUGAUGCACUUUCACGAGCCCAAUCAAGGAAGUGUGGCUUCCAUCGAUCUCCCCGUUCCUUGCUUCUUGCCAUGGAGCGGCCGCGAAACAGCCUCCGCCUAAAUCGAGGUUAGGUACACUAGAGUACAACCCAGCCCAUGCCUCCUGAGACAACGAAACCAGAGACAAACGGGCGCUUGUCGCCAUGAGCCAGUGGACCUCUGCGCUUUCCUUCUGAAUCCUACAGGAAUCCACUUCUCAGCCUCUUCUCGUUGGGUUGCCGGGCGCCGAGCUACAACAAGCUACGGAUCAAAUGCCGAAGCGUUCCCAAUCCCGAUAAAUAUCUCCCCUCCGCUUCUACCGGCGGAUCCGAUAAGGCAAGACCUUUGCUGUCAACAUACGUCGGUUCUCCAAUCUCGUUCUACCAUACCGAUAUUCGCCGCCACACUGGAAUUAGUUGCCGGGGAUCUUGGAGCACAGUGACCGGCAUCCAUGGGAAAGGAUACGCGACUUAUGCUCAGGAGGAACAACGCUCGAUGACUCCAGCCAGACGCCUUUGUCACUCAACGACGCCUAUUUACCUUUGCGGCGCCUUACCUGCACCAAACGACAAGAUUCUAGCAUGACUCUCAAUCUGGAUCAGUUGCUCUUCGCACGCGCCGAAUGGCGCAUUCGGCUUCUCGCUCCAUGUUGGAUGUUACAGGUUGGGGCCCUUCUCAGCCUAGUGGGCCUCUUUUCCUACCGGCUUUCUGUGACCUCUCGCACCUUUGACGACGAGGUAUCGCAUGACCAGGAAAUUAUAGUUCAAAUAGUUUGGGAAUCCACCCAGGUUGGGUUUUCAAUUAUUUCCGUAGCUCUCACAGUCGCGGAAAUGUGGAAGGCGAGGUCUGAGACCUUGACCCCUUUCUUCAUGCUGUGUACACAUCUUGUCAAAUACACACUUGCCAGCGGAAUGCUAGGCUUAGAUGCCACCGUCUACGUCAAAUAUCCAGACCACCACUACUCCACAGUGGGCUUGGCUUUGGAUUGCAUUCUGCUUGGCAUAACACUUGUGAUGCUCUUCUACGCUUUCUACACGUAUCGUCGCCUCCUCAAGCUCGAAGCCUAUGAUUUGGCCUAUAACAGAUCAGGAGGCUACAGCCACGGCAAUGAGCAGAAUCUAGGCUACACUGUCAACAUCUUUAGCGGAAAGAAGACCAGACAGCAGCCGUCGCCAACACCCGAGGCGUUGAAAUCCCGGAUAGACCAGGCAAUCGGCGCCGAAUUUGGGUGGGGGAGUCGUCCGUCCGGAAGCGUAACGGAGCGCUCCGGCAUAGUUGUUGCGUCCGGAUCGGUUCAAAGCGGCGUGCCCACCAGACCGGCCGAGUUACACAGGGCUCGGAGCUGGGUGACUGAGACCGGCGUGGUUGGCCCAAAUACUUCAGAGACUCGCCUUGAUGCGUACGGGAGGAAUACUGAUGAUGAUUACCAUGAUUAUUACGAACUGGCUCAUGCGCGCAGUCUUAGCAUUCCUACAUUGGUAGCAACUCAUCAUGGGGACGACGGCGACAGCGAAGGGUUGUUGACGGGCUCACGGGACAAUAGCACAGCAAUGAGGGAAGUAGAUAGAUGGCACGGGUACUCGUGACUCGUGUAAUUCGUGUAACUUGGUAUAAAAGGGUGCGGCGUGGCGCUGGGUGUACUUAUACUAACUACCUAUGUUCCAUCGAAAUACUUUUUCGAGAGUAGGACUUAUCAAGGCCAUUCCGUUUGUCCUAACAUUUCUUUUUCUGGUGUUUCUCAGCAGCAAGAUUCUCUGUCCGACGGCGCAAUAGUUCGUUCAUUCUAUCACUCCAUAUCUAACCCUAACCCAAACAAGAG